AUGUCCAAAGCCAGCACUCGUCUCUCGCUUCUCGCAGCCAAUCUAUCCAGUCAGUCUUUACCAAUGGCGCCGAACCCUUCAUCGACGCGCCAGCCGCUCAAGUUGCUCAUGUUGCACGGCUACACUCAGUCCGGUGCCCUUUUCCACGCAAAGAGCCGCGCCCUCGUCAAACACAUCCAGAAAGCAUUCCCUCUACACGAGGUCGACGCCGUUUAUCCCACUGGGCCGCUGCGUCUCAAAGCGAGUGAUAUCCCGGGCUAUGAACCGUCCGACAAUGCGGCAGAAGAGGAAACCGAGGCUUACGGCUGGUGGCGCCGGUCAAAUACCGCAGACCCGCCAUUAUACCAGGGUAUGGAUGACGGACUUGCAGCCGUUGCCAAGGUGAUUACCGAACAAGGGGCGACUAUGGCUGCGAUGGUCGCGGCGUUGCUGGAGCCGGGUCGGAAAGAAGCAUUCGAGCACUUUGAAAAAGAUUCAUCUGAAGGCGCUUCGGGCAUUCCCUGGCCAACGGCUUUCGAACAGUUGCAAAAUUCGCCGCUCAAGUUUGCGCUGUUGUAUAGUGGAUUCCGGGCGCCUGGGCCGAGGUAUCGGGCAUUUUACGAGCACCCACCUAUUCAGACCCCGGCGUUGCAUAUCCUGGGGACUUUGGACUCGGUUGUGGAUGAGUCGAAGAGUCAAGCAUUGAUGGAUGCUUGUGCUGGGGAGCCGGAGAAAGAUGGGUCGGUGAUAUUCCAUCCUGGUGGUCACUUCGUGCCCAGUCAGCGGCCGUACCUCGAUGCUGCAGUGCAAUUUAUUCGGAAGCAGUUGGAGAAGAACGAGAUCGCCAACGGUGAGAAACCGAAGGACGAGGGAGAUGUGAAUGAUAUGGAUGUGCCGUUCUGA